AUGGCCGGGGGAUUCGAGCUCGCGCCGGCGCUUGGCGGCCCGCGGGUGGCCUUGCCGCCCGGGGAGACGGUGAUCGGCCGCGGGCCGCUGCUGGGUAUAACAGACAAAAAAAUAUCAAGAAAACAUGCCAUCCUGGAGGUGGUAGGUGAUCAACUUCGAAUCAAACCGAUCCAUAUAAAUCCUUGUUUUUAUCAGUCUUCUGAAAAGAACCAGCUAUUGCCAUUGGAGACAAAUAAAUGGCAUCGGUUGAAUCCUGGAGAUAGUUUUUCCUUAUUAGUUGACAAAUACAUUUUCCAUGUUUUCUCUACACAUUCUGAAGUGGAAUGCACUUUACGAAAUAGUCAGAUGCUUGAUGAAGAUGAUCUAUUCAAUCAAUCACCCACAUCCCCUGUAAAUAGCUUUCCUGUUACUAUUGAAUGUACUAGUUCUCCAGUGGAACCACCGUCACAUUGUACCAAACACAUUAAUUCAAGCCAGUGCUCAGAGCUGGAGGAAACAACAGAAGUAGCCAUGCCAGUCACUAUACCCCAGAAUAAUUUGCUUCUUCCUGCAAAAUAUGGCAACAGUAGUGAGCAACCAAACUCUGUCCAGAGGAAACGAAUCCUCCCAUCUUGGAUGGUUCAGGGAGAUCUAAAUGUUCAAAACCUUGAGGUACCAUUUGCCCAGGAAGAUAAUGAAAUAACAAAAGGAAGAAUCUGCACAUAUCCAACAUCAUCAAAAGGACAAAAAAGGUUGUCUUCCUCAGAAAAUUCAGAAAAUAUUGAAGCAGAACAAGACCUAAAGAAAAAGUGCAGGGUUACUGAUCAGGAAGAAUCUACCAGUUCAUCAAAGGAAGUGAGUGGACCAUCUGUUGUAAUAGGUGUAAAUAAAACAGAAAUGACUAAGGCCGAGUCUGAAAGAUCUGAAAUCCCAGGAGAGCAAAUCGAUGAAAAUCUCCAUAAUGAGGAGGGUGAACAUACAACAUCUCCUAGAAGCAAAGGAAAUAAGAUGGAUGAAUAUGAAAAAGAUGUGCCCAUGGAAUAUUCUGGGAAUCCCAAGAGUCACCAUGACAACAUAUUACAGAAUAAGGACCCAGAACUUGACCUAGAAAUGAGCUCUGACCUUGAAGCGUCGAGUUCAACUAAAAGCAUAGCUGUUCCACAAGAUUCUGGGGGAAAUCAUCCCAGGAAAACACCUUGCAUUUAUGGAGCAAGUUGCUACAGGAAGAACCCUGUCCAUUUUCAGCAGUUCAGCCACCCUGGUGAUAGGGAUUACGAAGAUGCACAAGUUAUGAAUCAAGAUGAGGAUGACAAUAGACCUGAGUGCCCAUAUGGAACUUCUUGUUAUAGGAAGAAUCCUCAACACAAGAUAGAAUAUAAGCAUAGUGAACCAUCAGAGAUGAAAACCAAAAGAUCUAGACACAAGGCUACUAAGAAAGGUGCAAGUGUUUUGGAUGAAGAUAGUGAUGAUGAUGGCCAACCGAAUGAGUAUGAUUUGAAUGACAGCUUUUUAGAUGACGAAGAAGAGGAGUAUGAACCAACAGAUGAGGAUUCUGACUGGGAGCCAGCACAUGAAGACCAGGAAGACGAAGAUGUUGAAGAGCUUUUGAAAGAAGCAAAAAAGUUCAUGAAAAGAAGCAAGUAACUUUUCCUUCAGUAAUAUGCAAUAUUAUAUAUUAAUUUGUUUUUCUCUUAAAGAAAAGACAUCCAGGGUUGAAGUUCCUGGGAAGUAGUAGUUUUCCUACCUUUUAUAGUUUUAAUUUUUAAUCUUGUCCUUUUGAAAAUGUAAAAAUUUAAGCUUUCAGGAUCAUCAAAUAGCUGCUGAGCAAUCAUGCUUUUGUAUUGUAAAAAUAAAUUUAAUUUAAUUGUCUUGACUUUUAAAUUUUGUUCCUAAAUGUUCAAAAGAGAACUCAGUUAAGUGGCAACUUUUUUUUCUCACAUACUUUUCUUCUUGUAAUAAAAAGUGAAAAACAAUAGACUUAGAGAAUCUGCCUUUGUACAGACCAGUUUUUCAUUGACCAGUAAUUUUGUCUUUAAAGAGAAAAAAAAUGCUAUGCAAGUACAUGCAAACAAUUCUGUCAUUAGUAAGGAAGUUGAAAUCUUUCCUGGUUAUCAUAGUUCUUUUAAACUGAACCAGGUUUUUUAAAAUGAUAGCCUUUAUAUAAUGGUUGUACUUUAAAAAAAAAUAGUCUGAGUGACCACUGCAGUUUUUUAGACUACUGUCACUCUUAAGAACUUGGAAAAAAUCAGUCAAAAUGGAUCCUGACAGUGAUGAACAUAAGUGUGGAAAAGCUUAAUAACUUUAUAUGAAAUUGUCAUCUCAGAAUAAUUUUUAACUCCGAAGAAGCUUUCUUUAAGAAUAUGGAAAUAAUUGGGACAAUGCACAUGUUCUCCUGAUUGACCUUGGCUCUAGGAAAAUUACAACUCAUGUGUUGGUACCUUUUUAGCUGGUGAAAAUAGUUUAUUUCCCAGUGACAUAAGAGGGGGGGGACACUCAUCAAACUGAGUAAAAAUCACUUUAAAAAUUAUGAUGUUUGCAUUUUAGCUUAGUUUGUAUCAAAAACAGGUCUUAGGGAAAUAAGAUGCUAUAUAUGUGAAGGAAAGGAGGUCUCUUUUACUCAUACCUCUCAGUAGCAAUCUAGUGUGUAUGUGUCAGAGGGAUUGGAGGUGCAGCAUGGAAAUCAUUAAUCUCUAAAUCAAAAGGUAUCUUUGUAAAGCUAAACCAUAAUAUUGUUCUAUUCAUAUUCAUUUUUAAAAAAGCUUUUUGUUAAAAUUCCAUAGUUAGGAUCAGUAUUGGACUAAUAUUUUAAAAAAUUCUUUCCAGGUACUUGUGCAGUGCUUAAAUUGUGCAAUACUUAUGGUUAUGAGAGAUGAACUUACUUUCUCUAGGCAUAAGAACUUAACCAUUCUUAUUUUAUGUUUUGGAGGUUUUCAGUCCACAUUUGUUAUUUGGUCACUGUAAAGAAAUUGUAAUGUGGAAACUCCUUCUACAGAUUCAGAUAGGCAACUCCUCUGUAACUGAGAAUCCUAGAGAGUUGCCAGUGGCACUGGGUCUGAGGCACCGCAUGGGCCCAGAUCUUCAUUAGGCCAAGGCCAGCCCUCUCUCAUUUAUGCUGUAUUGGUUCUGAUUUAGUAGUUCAUAUACCUCUUCUCACUUUUCCUGUGAUCUUGCCAUUCUGACCUACUUAAGAAUUAAAUGUUCAUGUUUAAACACAUUUUUGUAUUGACCUAAUUCUUAUGUAUUUCAUGUGAUAACUGUCCAAAGAACACCGAAGAGGCAAUGCUCCUCUUAGCAAAUGACCUAAGGGAUUUUGAACCUUGGGCAAGGCACAUGAAUUUCACACAGUAAGUGGAAGUAUAGUGGGUCAUCUACAUUUAAAGACAGGAUGUCUUUCAUCUCCUAGAGUCUUACCAGAUAGUCAUCCUGCAAGUACAGUCCAGAUUAAGUGCCAGCACACUGGAUAAUCUCCACAGAUUGAGGUGCCAGAUAUGUACAGAGGAUGACCCACAAUGAAUAUAAUCCAUCAGUUGUUUUUAUUGUACCUCUCACCAGCUGAGUGGGCCAUUCCAUGUAGGGAACUCCCAUGGCAGUCCUAAAACCAGGUACUAUGAAGUUGGUUUUUGCCUGAUGGUACUACCCUAGUGGUGUCAGAUCUUAGGGCAUUUAAAGUUAAAGAAACUGUUUCAAUGAGGUUGUAGAAAUGGAAUCCACAUUACAAUGAAUGAUGGAAAAGUGUAGGUAAUGAAGGUUAAACCAUUCCUUCCAGAAACUGAAUGGUGAAAGGAAGAAACUAAAUCAGACACAGUAACAGAGACAAGGGAAUAAAGCAUUGGGAUAAGAAUGAGUUGAAUAGAUUCACAGGCUAAAGGGUAGGAACCAUUAAAGAGAGAGACAGAGAGAGAGACUAUAGGAUAUUACAGCUGGAAGGAACCUAAGAAACCAUUUAGCUCCUUAAUUUUGUGCAUAGGAAAACCAGUGCCCCAAGUAGUUAAGUGAUUUUAUAGUGACAGAGCCAAUAUUUAAGCCUCCUGCUUCCAAGUUCAGUGGCUCCUAACGCUGUAUACAUUGCCUCCAAGACAUAGGAUUAAUGAUACCAGACAGAUGGGGGAUAAUUGUUGGAGGGAGGUCCAAGAUGAAGCAAAAAGAGACAAUUAAGGAUUCAGGCAUAGCUUUGAUAUGGAGAUAAAUAUAAUGUAGAUCUAAAUAGUGUUACAAUAUCAAGUAGAAAAUGCCAAGGUGGGUGGAGAGGAUAUUAGAAAGUAAGGUGAAAGUUAUAAGGAAACCUUUCUCAAUAUUCAAAUAGAUCAAAUGGAUGAUUUUAUUGAUUUGGAUAUUACCUCCAGCAAUGCAGAUUGUGAUUCAUCCAUGCUUACCCAGCCCUUGUGGGGAUUGUGAGCUCUACUAUCUUCUUCAAAUGCCCUCAUAUUGACUUAUUCAACUCAUAUUACCUUUUGUCCUGGCUCAAAUUAAUUUUCAGCUAAGCCAGAGAGGAUCCUGGGGUAUAUAAGAGUGACUUACUUUGACCUCCAGCUCAGAUGGAGGGUUCACAAAGGAAAGAGCUAGUUUUAACCUUGCAGCACUGCAUGGGUGGCUGUGGUGGCUAAGACUAAAGAGAUGUCAGCCUACCAUAUUUGGACAAGGUCUAGCCACUGUGCUUCAGCAUACUGAAAGCCCAGCAAAGAAGGACUUACAGGAUCUCCUGGCUGUUCCACAAACAAGACACUCCUCCUCUUCGGUCUGGGCAUUUUGCCUCUCUCUGUCCCUCAUACCUAGAAUGCUCUCUUCCCUUAACUUUGCCUGCUGACUUACCUGUCCCAACUAAAAUCCCAUCUCUACUGGAAGUCUUUCCUAAGCCCUCUUAAUUCUAAUGUUUUCCUUUAA